AUGCCAGUCCCUGACAGGUGCCUUAUUAUUAAAAAUUAUCACCAUCUCCCCUGGGUGGUUACUAUUUCCUCAUUAUUAUUAUUUUUCAUUUUUGAAAAGGAAAGGUUUUUCAGAAUUGCUUCCCUUCAUUGUUCUCUCUAUUUGUCAAAAAGCUGCUUCAGGAACUCUAUACCCAAAGGCAUUGAGGAACUUGAAGCUGUUUGGCCAGGGCUUCCACAUGAGAAGGUUACAGUGAAAAAUGAUUCCCGUCAAACGAAAACUGAUUUGGCAUCAUUAAAUAUGGGCAAGGUGGUUCACGUUGUGCAGGCAGUCAGCCACAUGUCGGUGCGCCCAUAA